AACACACACUUAGUGUUUUUCCUUUGUAGAACAGUUUGUCUCUCAGCUUUGUUGAGAAGAAUGGCUCUGAGUGACGACGCAAACAGUCUUCCACUGCGCAGAGAGGACGGAGAGGAACAUGAUGAUGUCGGCGUGAGGAGCGACUCGCGAGACUUACUAUUGGAGUCUUGUUUGGAUCAACCAAUGGAUUCAAGCAGUGUCCAUGAAGUGAUCAAGUAUCUUCCCUCACCACUACCAGUCAAACAUUACGAUGCUGAAACCACUGAACCAAUCAGUUGUGGUCUUCAAACUUUGGAGGAGCUGUUGUUGUGGAAACGAAGUGAGGCAAACCCCUUCAAUGUGGCAGUAGUCCCCCUGGCACCUCGGGAGCCUCCCCUGACUAGUUGUCUACGUCGGACAUUGGUGUCUCAUGACAUGAUGGGUGGCUACCUAGAUGACAGGUUUGUCCAGGGCACCAAUGCAGAGGCUCCAUAUGCCUUCUACCACUGGCAGUACAUUGAUAUUUUCAACUACUUCACACACAACCUGGUGACCAUUCCUCCUGCUGUGUGGACCAAUGCUGCACAUAAACAUGGAGUCAUUGUUCUUGGGACUUUGAUCACUGAGUGGACUGAUGGAGCCGCAGUGUGCGAGGCCUUCCUAAAAGAUGAGGAGUCAUACCGGGCAGUGGCUGAUAAACUAGUCCAGAUCAGCCACUGCUACGGCUUCGAUGGCUGGCUCAUUAACAUAGAGAACUCCCUCAGUACGGAUGCAGUGAAGAACACACCUUUGUUCCUGCGCUAUCUGGCAGACCAGAUGCACGAGCGACUGUCUGGCAGCCUGGUCCUGUGGUACGACAGUGUGAUCGAGAACGGACGACUAACAUGGCAAAAUGAACUCAACCAGUCCAACAGGAUGUUUUUCGAUGCUUGUGAUGGUUUCUUCACCAACUACAACUGGACAGAGCAGAACCUGGAGUGGAUGAAGGACUACAGUGGGGUCCAAGGCCGCCAGUCUGACGUCUAUAUUGGAGUGGAUGUGUUUGCCCGAGGCAACGUGGUGGGAGGAAAGUUGGAAACCAAUAAGGCACUGGAAAUCAUUCGGAAGCACAACUUCUCUGUAGCCAUCUUUGCUCCAGGGUGGGUGUACGAGACUCACAAUGAUAGGACCGAAUUUCGCAAGAAUCAGGACAAGUUCUGGGCUCUUCUGUCGGACUACCUGUACAUUCAUCGGCCAACCUCACCUCUCCCUUUCAUCUCCUCCUUCUGCCAGGGCUUUGGGAAGGCUAUCUACUGGAGAGGACAGCGUGAGGUAGACAGGAGCUGGUUUAACCUGACUGCCCAGGAGAUCCAGCCCUUGUACUACUAUAAGGAGCUAGAGGGCCGGGGCUGGCUGAGCAGCCGUGGCUGCCCCGAGGAUGCCUGGAAUGGAGGCUCUUCACUGCUGCUGGACGGACUCAUCCCUGCCACUCACACAUCUCCAGUUUGUGCCAAGAUCUUCUCCCUCCAUGUACCCCUGGCAUCCAAGACUCUGGUGACCCUCAUCUACAAGCCAUCUACUGGGAUCAGAGUUUCUUUGGAGCUGAAGACAACAGACGCCAGUCUUUGCACACACAUGGAGAUCCAGGAUGUCAAUGUUACCGUUGUGUCUCCCAUGGUGCCGGAUGAGGGGCUCCAGUUGGUGAGCCAGUUCUCUCAGCUGUGUGGCAACUUGAGUCCAGAUGGUUGGACUGUUGGGUGUUCACAGUUGGAGCUUAGUGGCUGUGCUCUUCGAGAAGUUUGUUUCAACAUCCAGCGGGAUGGUGGGCCUCAGGACACACCUUUCAGCUGCAGGGUGGGAGAAAUCAUGCUCUUGGAUGGAGCCAGUCUGCAUGUUCCCCCUGGGGUGGUUCAGGGCUUGUGCAUUUAUGACGUGGUGUGGCUGCGUGGUGCUGGUUCCUUACCAGAGUCUACCUCUCCUUGCCUGCGUCUCAACGCCACUCUGCGCUGGGACUACCCAACCAAGCUCGUGCGCCACUUCAAGGUGUACUGGCGACGGCUUAGAGGACCAGAUCCCCGAAUCUCCUCUGGUCAGCUGGUUCUGGUGGGCCGGGCAUAUUCUAAUCUUUUCAGAGUAACAGAGCUAGCAGUGCCAGAGCCACCCAGCCUGCUGGAGCUGGUAGUGGAGCCAGUGAUCAGAAAGGGCAUCCCUGUUCCGGAGAGCCACUGGGGAAGAAGAAGCCUUAGCUACACAGAGGACUCAACAAAAUGACUAUACAUAACUGUUAUCAUAACAAUUUCUUUUUGGCUCCAAUGUUGUAACAAGAAUGUUUUAGGGGCCCAAAUCCCAACUCAGUGUCCACAUACUUGCUUUUUUCGCAAGCUUUCAACCAUUCCAAGCUGUUUUCAUCAAGGCUAUUGCUAAAAUCAUAAAAGCUAUUGAGCUUGGCUUUCUACCUCCAUGAGAAGUGGACAAACUCUGUCCAUGGCUGAAGAACCUGUGAUAAGAUUAAAAGCUUCAAAAAAUACAAAAUAACAAACCAGCAAGUGGAUCUUAUAGGAGCAGUCAGUGGUGGGUUAGGGUUAAAUACCCUUAUUCACUUUAUUAUCAAGAGUCAGAUGUUCAGACUUAUAUCACUUUAACAUCUGCACAAUAAAUAUGAAGCUCCAGCCAGCAUGGGAAUAUGGAUAGAGGUCUGAUUUCUCAAAAUAAAGUCAAAAACUGUUGUUUUUAGAAGGAAUUAUUUAAUUAUUAUUAAUUAAUAUCUAUAGUGACAUUCUGCCUUUACAUGCCUCUUCUCAAACCUCUGUAUAUUUGCUCUGCUUCACUUGAUGAGCAUCUGUCUAUGCACAGGUUAAGUUCAGAUUUUGUGAUGUGGUAUGCUGGUAGCUUUUGACUGCAACUGCAAAACUCGAAAGGGAUAUUUAUGGUGGCUGAGACAGUUUGAACAAACUGCAUAUUCAAACACUUUGCAAACACGAACAAGACAAGUGCAUUAACAGAAACCACAGAUGCAAAAGCUAAAACAUAAUUGCAAAAGCCAUAACAGAAGUGAGUGACAACAGAUGUUGACAAUGUCACGGGUCAACUAUAGUGACAGGACCCAGGACUAUUAUUGCCUACACGUGUAAGUGGAGAGUUCUUGCCUGUUUGAGAAGUAAAUGAAGCAUUGUUUGCUGGCCUCUUUAAA